UCAUGAUGGCUUGUUCUUGCAGGAGAAGCUUAAUGUCAACAGUAUGGGGCAUCAGGUGAUAAUAUUUGACUUUUCUCUCAUAAGAGGACUGUGGGAAACUCGAGUUAAGAAGAACAAAGAACGUCAGAGAAAAGAGAAGGAAAGAUUAGAAAAAAGCUCAUUGGAGAAGAUAAAGCAGGAAUGGAAUUUCAUAUUAGAGUGCCGGAAGAAAGGUAUUCCUCAGUCAAAAUACCUCAAGAAUGGCUUUGUAGACGCUGAUAAGAAGAUUCUGGACACAUAUGGAAAGACACCUCACCUGCAGAAGAAGCGUGUUUUGCCAGAUGAAGCAAAUAAGGAAAGAAACAAGUUUAUUUUUCACCUUUCUGGAGAGCAGUGGACGGAAUUUCCAGAUUCUCUGAAAGAGCAGAUCUACCUGAAAGAGUGGCAUGUGUACAAUACAUUGAUACAAACCAUUCCAGCCUACAUUGCAUUAUUUCAAGAUCUGAGAGUACUGGAGUUGUCAAAAAAUCGAAUCAACCAUCUCCCAGUGGAAAUUGGCUGCUUAAAAAAUCUCAGAGUGCUCAAUGUGAGUUUCAAUAAUUUGAAGUCAGUUCCUCCAGAACUGGGUGACUGUGAGAAUCUAGAAAAACUGGAUUUGUCUGGAAAUAUGGAAAUAACAGAGCUCCCAUUUGAACUAAGUAACCUGAAAGAAGUCACAGUUGUGGAUGUGUCAGCAAACAAGUUCCAUUCUAUUCCAAUUUGUGUACUUCGUAUGUCUAAUUUGCAGUGGUUGGAUAUUAGCAGCAACAACCUGAAAGACCUCCCAGAAGACAUAGACAGGUUAGAUCAACUUCAGACACUUCUUCUGCAGAAGAACAAGUUGACUUAUCUUCCACGAGCUCUUGUCAAUAUGCCAAAGCUCAGUUUGCUAGUUGUCAGUGGUGAUAACCUGGUUGAGAUACCCACCGCUGUAUGUGAGUCAACCACAGGUUUAAAAUUUGUAAGUCUCAAGGACAGCCCAGUUGAAACUAUUGUAUGUGAAGACACUGAAGAAAUUGUAGAAAGUGAACGUGAACGGGAGCAAUUCGAGAAAGAGUUUAUGAAAGCAUACAUUGAAGACCUAAAAGAAAGGGAUUCUGCUCCUUCCUACACUACAAAAGUAUUAUUCAGUCUUCAGCUCUGAAGAACAGAAAUCUCUAAAUCACAAGUGAACAUCAGAAUAUUACUAUCCAUCGUAAUAGAAAACACUGGAAAUCACAGAUGGCCAGAAGCACUUAAAAAUCACCAUGAUUUUUUUUUAUUUCUUACUAUAGUUACUCCCAGUAACUGCGGAUAAAACAAAGAGCAGUAGAGCCUUCAUAAGAUGCUCUUUCACCUUUUAAAUCAACAAAUUUAUUUUCUAGUCCACAGCAGCAGCCACUAAUUUACAUCUAGACCUGAUGAAAGUAAAUAUUCACUGUAAUAAAAUAUACACAGGCAUCGAUACCCUCAGGUUGAAUACACUAUAUGCUGUAGUUAAAGCAGUGGAACAUAAUCACCAUCUUAAAAAGAGAUUUUCUUUUAUAAGAGGUGAAGGAUUAAUUUAGAAAAUGAAUGUGAGCUGUUUUUUUCUUAAGUCCAAAUAACUCACUUAGUGCUUUACAAUAUUUAAAGUGCAAACACAUAUAUAGUUGUUUGCAUUUACUUUCUGUUCUUCAAGGAAAUUGUCCUUCCUGGGAUUUUCAGUUUAGAUAAAAUUCAACAACUUUAUAAAUAGAAACUGCAGCAAUUCAGAUGCUUUGUUCCAAGCAUAUUAUAAGCUUUUAAUCUGUUUUCAAAUUCAAGUACCAACAUGACUGAAACUGUGCAAAGCAGUCUUAUAAUAUAGCAGUGUAUAAAAUAAGAUUUUAAGGAGUAAGCAGUGUAAACAAAUACUAUCAGCAAAAUGUUGCUAAAGUUCUCCUGCUAAUGGUUUCAGGUUACAGCAUUUCGUGGACAUUUAUUGACAUUUUCCAAGUUGUAUAAGAAUGAGUUUGCUGGAUAAGAAGUUUUGUUGCUUUCCAUUUACUAACCUGUUUAUAUAUAACUACGCAUGUAUAGGUACAUAGAGUCUCAGGAAUCUAAUUUUGCAUUUUUUUUGUUUGUUUAAUAAAUUAAUACUUUUUGAUCUAAAAAGACUUGGAAUUUUGAGUAUUAAGACUCAAAUUAAACUCAAAUUUGAAAAUGUAAAUAGUCCUAAACUUAUGAGUGUAGUUAGGGGAAAUUAUGUUUACAUCUUGCUUUUUUUCUUAUAGAAAGCUAUGUCCAGUUCUGUGCAGUAGUGUCAUUUAAAUCAGUCAUAUUUAAAAAGCAAAAGAUGUGCUCCUUAAGACUUCUAUAUAUAUAAAAAAAAAAAUACUACUUUUGCUGUUUUCCUUCUUCUUUAACUUUUUAGCAUUAAUUCUUUUGAAAGAAAAGAAUUUUUAAAUAGUAAGUGUGUUAUUUAUUCCCAUCACAAACUUCUGUUGUUAGAUUACUAACCAAAAUUAAACUCUCUCAAGUUGGUCUUUCUUUAGGUGUUAAUGCUGCUUUUAAGCAAGAGCUGAAGCAAAGAGAACGUUUCAAAAAACUCCAAGUGGGCUUAUAGAAAUCAGUCUUUCUGAAACUACCCUACAAAACUUUUUUUCAGUGAAAUUAUAAAAUUUGUUGAUUAGGUAUUAAUAUUGAUGUAAUAAACUUCCUUAAGACAUCUGAUUUGGCAUUGCUUGAAAUUCUGCUUGUAGAGUUCUAUUGUAGUCUAGUAUACCUGAAAAUCAGAAACGGAAAUCACAGCUGCAGUGUUUAUAGAAUUUUGAUGUCCAUUAUGGGAGCUGUAACUUUUAAGAAAAAACAGUGGUGUAAAUGGAAUUAACAAAACAAAGAUUCUGCUGUCAGAAUUUUUGAAUAAAACUACAGAGUAAUUUU